AACGGUCUGUAGCAAAUGGCUGGCGUCAUUGGUUCGCCCGGGCCGCCUCCCAACAACCGGGGGCCCGCCCCUUAACAACGGGCUUCCUGCUCCUCCCGUGAUGUCACGAGCUCCCGUGACGUCAGCACGCGGAAGUGGCCGGAGUUUUUCGGGGGACCGGAGUUGCAAGCGGUGGUGGAGGCGGUUGAAUAAGACGACAUGGCGCCGACUGGGCUGAAGGCGGUGGUCGGGGAGAAGAUCCUGAACGGGGUAAUCUGCAGCAUCAAAAAGGAUGGUGAGUGGAAGGUCUUGUUGGUCGACCACACCAGUAUGCGCAUACUGUCUUCAUGCUGCAAGAUGUCCGAUAUACUGGAUGAAGGCAUAACUAUUGUGGAAGAUGUUAAUAAAAGAAGAGAGCCCAUUCCGAGCCUGGAAGCCAUUUAUUUCAUCACUCCCAGUGAGAAGUCUAUCCGGGCCCUUAUAUCGGACUUCAGAGACUUGGGUGCACCCAUGUAUAAAGCUGUACAUAUAUUCUUCACAGACAGUAAGUACUGGCAUGAGCUGCUGAGCUACACUAAAUAGUUUAUUAAGAGGCUUCUCCACUCAGUGGUGAUAUUACAAUUUCGGGUGGGCACUGUUGUUAAAGUAUACAGGUUUACUCAAUAGGGUAAGCCUUCUUUACAGUCUGUGGCAUCACCUUCCGACACCGGGUCCUGGGGCAGAUGUAAAUUCAAGA